AUGUCCCUGUUUAUUCCAAAAGAGAAGGACCAGAAGUUUGUUUCGUACAUCUGCACUUUUACAUUUUGGAAAGAUGAAUACAUUCGCUGGGAUCCUAAGGACUUCUGUGGCAUUGAGAUGAUGUAUAUUUCCUCUCAGCUAGUUUGGAAGCCAGAUUUAAUUGUCCAAGAGAUGACAGAUCAGGGCAAGGCCCCUCCAAGUCCUUAUCUUAUCCUUUGGAAUAACAGUGAAGUCUUCUUUAAGAAGUACAUGGUGGUGGUCAGCACCUGCAGGAUGCACGUGUACAAAUUUCCCUUUGACAUUCAGAGCUGCAACCUCACUUUCAAGUCUGCUAUACAUUUCGACAAGGCAAUACAGUUUGAUAUCAUCCUUAACUCCUCAACGACCACAGAGUGGUCUCAGGAGUUGAUUCAGACCCAGUCUGAGUGGUUGUUCAUCAGCAUGACCGUCAACAACAUCACUGUCCAUAACCAAAGCAAUGUCAUUUACACUAUCUCCAUGAAGAGGCGGUCUCUCCUCUACAUCGUCAACUUCUUACUGCCCAUCCUGUUCUUCAUGUGUCUGGACUUGGCCUCCUUCCUGGUCUCGGACAGCGGGGGCGAGAAGCUCAGCUUCAAGGUCACUGUGCUGCUUGCUGUCACUGUGAUGCAGCUUAUUCUCAAUGACAUUCUGCCUGCCUCUUCAGACAGGACUCCACUUAUAGCUAUUUACUGCAUUGGGAUGUUUGGUUUGAUGCUGCUGAGCCUCCUGGAGACGAUUGUGGUGAUGUAUCUGAUGGAGAAAGACUCUGAAUCCCAAGACAACGACGCAGAUAGAGACCAAAGCCUGAGUAAGGACUGUGGAGACAAAGAGAGCAAAGUCAGCUUCCACAGCUGUUUUAGAGAGGUUAAGAAAUUACACUGUGCGUGUAUCUGUGAUGUGUCUCCUGGUGAAGCACCAUCUGAACGNUUUCCAUGCCAGACUGUGAUUGAGCUGUACAUCUUUAAAAUUUACUGA